UAUGACAAAUGGUUAUCUCUAUCAGGAGGUCUAAGUAGAUAGUAGAUAGCUUAAUGCAACACUCGUUUGGUCGUUUAUUUACUAGACUAUAUAGAAAGGCUUUCUUGAUUUUUGUUCUCAUCAAUAAUCAUGAACAAUUCGUUCAUUGAUAAUCAUCGGCAACGAAUCCCUCGAUCGAAAUACAAGUUACAACAACAACCAUUUGAGUGUUGAAGACCUUUGGAGAAACCCAUUUGAUUGUUGGAAGAAACCCAUUCUACUGUCAAGUUAAAGAAGCCGUUCGAUUUCCUAGCCGAAACCUCUAGCCCGAAGAAAGCCAUUUGGGUGGCGGCGGAAAGAAAAUUAUUUAUCUAUUAAAGAAAGCGUUUGGGUGGUGAUUCAAAGAAAUCCAUUUGGAUGUAGAGGAAGGAGAUUUGGUUGCUGAAGAGACAAAAAAAACGUAUAAAAACGUAUUGGUUUUAAUGACAUUUUCAGAAAAAAGAUAUUAAAUUUGCAAUCAAUUAGAGAUUUAAAGUCAGUAACAAGGGCUUCAACUUGGAUUCUAAUCCACUACAUUCAAAGAAAGAAGAACAACGAAGACAAAAUGUACUUGUUUGCGUGUAUCUUUUCAUUUGUCAUGGUUCCUUCUAUGCGUGGUAGCUCAACGACACCAUUACAUAUAACAACGACCACAGCAAUUAACACCACCAACACCUCGACCGCACAGCCUAACUCUACCAUCAGUACCAUAGUCUGUGUGAAGCCAUGUUCUUGCUAUGUGAACAAAAAUAAUUUGAUAACAAUUCGUUGUCAACUUGAUCACCUUCCACGUCGAUGGGCGUUGCCCACAAAAUUCAAGUCUUUGGAUCUUUCUAACAACAAUCUGACAGCAGUUCCUUCUAACUUCUUCAAAAAGCAAAACCUUUCUCAUCUUCUUUCAUUGUCUUUACAAAGAAAUCCCAUCAAACUGAUCGAAGAAGAUGCAUUCAUGGGACUUGAGAGUUUGCAAUGGCUAGAUCUCAGCUUCAUUAGCCUCCAAGAAUGGAAGGGUAAUAUCAGUAGAUCCAUCCCCUCCCUAAGGUAUUUAGAUGUCACAGGCAACUCCCCCUGGCUUCCAAGCGAUAACGUGUUUGCCGUACAUUCCAUUCGUGUAAUUAAGGGGGUAACCUGGAGUUCCAGUUGCUACAACUGUACGCUGACCAACGUCCUGCAUAUGGGCAACACCACUGAAAUCAUGCCACCGGGACCCGGAGGACCCGGGGGAAAUGGUUUUAAUAGCUCUUUCAUUCAACCUACACCCGACUUCAAUCAAGGUAACAUGACAGGAUUACCCGGGCCAGGAGGUCCUGGAAUUACCCCGGGUAACUCACAAUCAAAUGAAAUGGCAAACACAUUCUUGAACAAGAAGGGAUUCUUUCCAUCUUGUAAUGAAGUUCCAAUGGGGCACUUGUGUAUGGCGACUAGUUUUAACUUCCCAAGUGAUAAUCCACUAGUACUCCCCGGUAAACUCUUCUAUGUAGCAUAUGUGCUAGGAGCUUUAGCUAUAAUCCUAAAUUUCUCCAUCAUAUUCAUUUAUCUUUACUCAACGUCUAUGCGUAAGAUUAACUCUAUGCUCUUGAUAUCAAACAUGGCGUUUUGUGACGUGUUAGUCGGUGUAUAUGCCAUUAUAAUCGCUGAAAUGAAUAUAUUUAAUGGGCUGUUAAAUCGAAAGCCUGAAGAGAAACUUUUGACUACAUGGAAAAUUGAUAGACUGUGUAUUGUGGCGGGCGUACUGUUCACCUUGGGACAAGUAGUUGCAGUGAUCACUGCUCUUUUGCUGACAGUUGACAAGUUUCUAUCCAUAGUCUACUGCAUGGAUCCGAAUCGUAAACUCAGUCGUCGAUUGUCGUUUUUAGUGUUAAUACUUUGCUGGGUUGGGGCUUUUAUUUACGCGCUUACCCCUCUGUUUCCUACAUCCUCUAACAUAGUGUACUCCCCCACCUUACUGUGUACUCUGCCUGUGACUGAGGUGAAAGACAGUGUAAUCAGCUUUGGCUUACUUGUUGCUCUUUACCUCGCUAAUAUUCCCUUCUAUGGUAAGAUAUUUUUGUUUGUACGUCGCUCGAGUGUUCGCAUGGGUGUUCGCAGAGAUGCUGUUCUUGCUAAGAAAAUAUCGCUGUUAAUAUUCACUAACAUGAUUUUCUUUGCUAUUCCCAUGAUCAUUAUAGUAGUAUUCAGCUAUGUAUUCAAAACUCACUAUAAAAUUGAAAUACGAGAUAACAGCGCAGCAACUUGGCGCUAUGUCAUUUAUUAUUGGAUGCCAGUUUUCUGUCUCUGUAUCAACUCCUGUUUGAAUCCUUUCUUGUGCGCCUAUCGUCAGCGGCAGUUUCGACGGGAGGUCAAAAAAUGCGCACGCAAUUGUUUCUUAAACAAUUUGUGCAAAGCUUUCACGACAUUUAGGUCUGAUAGCUCAGUGAGAACAUCCCAGCCAACUCGAGUAGAAAUGUAUAAAUUAAGUAACAUGGAGUCGCAAGCACCAUAAUCGUAUACUUCCUUGCGAUUGGGGUAUUUGUAAACCAUUCACAAGACAGGAGUAAGGGGGAUCUCUAAGGUGAUAUUCAAGGAAGGCUAGUGACGAUCCAGUGUUGCGGGUCAUCUUCCGUCAUUUUAUCAAAUCCCACAAUCCAUUAGACCACAAGGUCUUGUUGCGUGUCAUCUCCCACAACCCUUUGGAUCACGAGGUCGUUUCCAGUCUUCCUUUGGACUCCAUUACUCCAUUGUCUUUUACUGAUCCAUGUAAGGUUAUUCUUGACUGGUAUGGACAUGUCCAGUAUAUAUGUCAAGUAUAUGUCCAGUUAUAAUCUCAAGUACUUGGACAUUUUAGAUCCAACAUGUCCAGUAUAUAUUAUAUUUUACCACAAAUUGUUAAUUUCUCGCGCGCUGAUUGGCUAAUUUGCAACAUCGAUAAGAGGACAGACAAAUAAGCUGACAUCAACGAGCGCACGCUCUUUCCGUUGGUGUUUUUGAUCACUAAAAAAACCUCGGAAAAAUGCAUGUUAGUGAAUUUUUUGUGUGGUAAAAAACAAAUCGAGGUUCCUUUUCUAUGGUCUGUACUCUUAUCGAACAUGGAAUGACGUCAGCAUAUGAUCCAAACUCAAGUGGAACCACGAGCGCAGCGAAUGAUAAACUUGAAGUACAUGGAAACUUUAGAUCCAACAUGUACAAUAUAUUUUAUCUCAAGGUCCUCAACCAAAUGAUAUAACAUAGGCCUUUUUUGAGACAUGUUAUAAUGCCAUGCAUUAUGGUAUAUCUUGGGUAUCAUUGUUUUAUUUAUCAUAGCUUGUGUUAAGUUUUAAAUCGUCUUGUUUGACUAAUACCCGCUCGUCAAACAAGUUCUAAUUGUGCAUGAGUAAUAGUCAAAAGAAAACAAUAGAAAACGUAGAAGCUCUUUCUACUUUCUGCGUGCGUGUUGCACGACAAGUUCCACUAUUUUGUUAGUCGUAAUACCGUAUCUUUAGGAUACUUAGUAUGGUGAUUGGGCCUUUUAUAUUGGUUAAACUCAAACAUGAACCAUUCAAUGAAGCGAGGUUCGUACCCUGCAUCAGUAGUCUUGGAAUGCAUCGAGUACUGAUGAAUAAUGAACAAAUUAUGAACCCAUGUAAAGAAAGGUGUAAUAUAAUAGCCGGUGUUAGAAUAAGAGGGUUGCCAUUAGGUUGGCUAGUCAAUCAAAGAUCACGUCACAGUGCGUCUACCUAUCUCUUUAAUAAACAGCUUAGCUUUAUUAUUAUUGUCCUAACAAGUGUAAUACCUUAUUGUCCAGUAUGAUAUUUUAAACUGUUUUAUAGCUGUAAGGAUAAUAUUAAAUAUAUUUAGAUAUUACAGUUCUGUAAAAAUACUUGUAUGGUGUAAAUAUCAUUUACGGGCUCAAUCACACUUGGACGCAACGUCUUUCCCGUCAUUCUCUUGAUCAUUAUUUCUCUGUCCACCAUUAGCGUUUCAGAGCUUCGUUUCGCAUAACAAAUGUUAUACUUGAGGGAAAACAUUACGUCCAAGUGGAGUUACUAUCAUUAUACGUCACUUCCUGUAAUAUCCGUGUUUUGACUUGGG